AUUACAGCAAUAUGCCCCCAUCACCAGACUACAAAAAUUUACAGAAUUCAAUCCAGUUAACUCUAAAGAUCACAAUUCAUUCACACAACAGCGUGUAAAAAUGUAGCAAGCAGCCAUGGCAGAAUCCAGAGACUAUGUUGGAGACUUCCUGACAGAAUUCAAGGAGCAUAUCAUCGCAAGGGCGACACAAGUCAGUGACAUCGCAGAGACUGUUAUCUCACAAAGCCUGAUCCAUGAGAGGGCGGCUGAACAAGUGCAGGCCGCUCCAACCCAGCAGGAGGCAAUGCGGCUCCUGUUUGAGGCUUUGGAAAAAGAGCCACCCCGACACAGAGUGUCUUUCCAUCUAAUCCUGAGAAUGACAGAGCCUGAGCUGAUCCAAGAACUAGAGUGGAGACAACUCAACAGUAAGCACACACAAACAGAGCCAGGCAGUCCUCCUAGAUCUCCCAGAGAGAAAAGGAGACAGGAUGACAAAAAUGGACGGACAAUUGACAUCCUCAAAAGAAAAGACUCGAUGAAGAGAAGAAGACUGGAAACAAUGCGUGCCAUAGAGCAGAUUGAGAAAUUUUGGGAAGGAACCAAGCAAGAGAGGACUGAGAUAGACAACAUGAGGCAGAGGAUCCAGCGACAGCAAGAUGAGAUAGCGAGGAUGACAAUGGAGAAAAGACAACUUGAAAGAACUAUUAUUCAAAUGAAAGGUGAGAUGGAUCACAUCCAUGAAAGAAUGGAUCGAACCAAAGAAGAGAUAAACAGGGAGAGGGACAGGAUUGAGCAAAUGAGGUCUGAUCUCCAAACAGAACAAACUGCUCUGGAGCAAAAGCGUGACGAAAUCAUGAGAGAGCGACAUACUUUGGAGAUGUUCAGGGAUGAAACUCUAAGACAGGAGGAGGAGCUGGAGAGAAACCGUGAAAGCACCAAGAAUGAGAUGGAACGAAUGGAACAAUUGAAAAGUUCCAUACAGGUUCAGAUUAAUGAGAUAGAGAUGAAGAUCGAAGAAACAAAGCAGGCAAAGUAUCAGAUGGAGCAGAUGAGAACUGAAAUAGAGGAAGAGAAGAGUGAGAUGGAGAGAAAAAAGGAUGACAUCAGGAGGCAAAGACAGCAAUUUGAACAGAUUAAACUUGACAUACAUCAAGUGAAGAUGGAAAUGGAGCAAAGAUGGCAUGAAACUGAGAAGGAAGGUCUGGAACAGAAGGCUAUAAUCCAGAGAGAGAAAGAUGAGCUAAAAUAUCUGCAAGAAGAGAUUCAGAGAGCAAGAGAAGAAGUUGAAAGAAACAGAGAGGAGUCCAAACAUGAGAAAGAGAGAAUAAACCAGCUGAGAGCUCAAGCACUUGGAGAAAAAAACCUAAUUGAAAAGAAAUGGCAAGAGGUGUUAAGAAAAGAAAAAGAUUUAGAAGAGAAGAAACAUGAAAUUGAGAUAGGUAGAGAGGACUUGGUGAUGAAUGGAGAGUUGGUCAAAAAGGAAUGGGAAAAGAUUGAACAAGCCAAGGCAGACAUACAAAAUCACAUCAAUAAUAUGGAAGCCAGCAUUAAGGAGACAAAAAGAGAAACUGAAAGGCUGAAAUGUACAAAAAUGGAGAUGAAGAGAGAAAAGGAGAUUUUUGAAAAACAGAAGGAUGAAACAAGGAAAGCUAAAGAGGAAAUGGAGAAAAAGAGGUUUGAGAUAGUUACAGAAGAACUAGAGCACAGAGCUCGACUACAGAGGGAGAGAGAUGAACUGGAGAGUAUGAAAGUAGAGAUACAGAGAGCUAAUGAUAUGGAGAAAGCAAAGAUUCUGAAAGAAAAGGAAGAAAGCAUUCAGAUCAGAGAAGAGGCCAGACAAGACAGGGAAAUUACAGAAAAAACUAAAGCAGAGAUCAAGGCCAAAAUAGACCACUUGAACAGAAGACAAGACGAAAUGGUCAGGGAAAGACAGGAACUUGAGAGAAUUAAGCAUGAGACAAUAAGAGCCAAAGAAGAGAUUGAGAAUAGCCAGGAAGUCACAAUUCGGGAAAAUGAAAAAAUGGAAAAGAUUAAGGCUGAGAUUCAGGGGCAAAUUGAAGAAAUUGAGAAAAACAUUGAGGAGAAUCAAAAAACAAAGGAAAAAAUGGAGGAGAUGAAAGCUGAGUUGGAGGAAGAGAGGGAGGAAUUGGAAAGAAAGAGAGAUUUGGUGAGAAGAGAGACAGAGCAGUGUGAGUUUAUCAGAAGUGAAAUACUCAGAGUAAAGGAGGAUAUGGAGAGUAGGUGGCAUGAAACAGAACAAGAAGAAGUAGAACUCAGAGUAAAUACUCAGCUUGAGCUUGAAAGACUGGAAAAACUUCGAGAUGAGGUUCAGAGAGCCCAGAAACAUAUUGAGGAGAGCAGCACAGAGCUAAUGCAGUGGAAGGAGAAUCUUGACAUAAUUAAAGUUCAGGCAGAAGAGGACAAAUAUGCAGCAAUCAAAAUGAUGGAUGAGGCUAAAGCAAAGGGAGUGGAGUUAACAAAAAUGUUAGAAGAGAUGGCGACAGAGAGAGGAACUAUUCAAAGGAGCAGAGAAAAGGCUAAACAAGAAAUAGAUGAGCUGAAAAGACAAAGGGCAGAAAUAGAGAAUAGGAUUGCAGUAGCAAAACAAGAAAAACAGGAGGCAAACCAAGCCAAGCUCGAUGUCCAUGAGACAGAGUUGCUCUUGAAAAGGCAAAUGGAAGAUUUAGAAAAGAGAAGGUAUGACACUAUAGCAGAGGCACUAAAGCAAAGAGAUGAAAUACAUAAGAAAACAGAUGAGUUAGAACAAAUAAAUGCAGCAAUAGAAAAAGCCAAACAUGAGCUGGAGAAGAUAAAGGACUCUGAAAAAGAGAGUUUCCAGAAGAUGUUGGAGGAUGCAAAGCAAGAAAGAGAGAUAGUCGAACAAAUAAAAACAGCUCUGCAGAAAGACAAGGAAGACCAAGAAAAGCGUUUAGCUGAUAUUGACAAUGAAAGAGAGGGGCUCGAGCAGAUUCAGUUUCAGGUCCAGAAUGAGAAGAAGGAUCUAGAAAAAAGAAGGUAUGAGAUGAUGAGAAAUCAUUUAGAACAGAGUGCUCAAUUGGAGAGACAAAGAGAAGAGCUUGAGAAAUUCAAAUUUCAGGUAAUUAGUGACAAAGAGACGGUAAACAGGAGUAGAAUGUUGGCGAGACAAGAUAGAGAGAAAGCUGAGCUGUUGAUGAUUGAGAUCCAGAAACAGAGAGAGGACAUACACAAACGGUUGGAAGAAACAAUGCAAGGAGAGGACAAUUUGAGACGGAUGAGAGAGGACAUGGAGCAUGAAAGAGAAGAUCUGGCAAAAAUCCGUGAGAAAACACUCAGAGGGAAGGAUACGUAUGAUGAAGUCAAGGAUGAGAUAAACAGAGUGAGGAAAGAGAUGGAGAGAUUUUGGGAUGAGGCUGAAAAGGGAGAGCAGGAGGAACGAGAGAAAAUCAACAGGGAGAAAAAGGAGAUGAUUAGAAAGAUGGAAGCGAUGAAGAAGGAGAUGGUGGAGAUUAAAGACAUGAAGUUGCAGUUGAUGAAACAGAAGAAUGACAUUGAUGUAAAGAUGGAAAGGGCAAGGAUGGAAAUGACUGAACUUGAAAGGAUGAAAGCAGACCUGCAGAAACAGAAAGAGGAGAUUGAGAAUAAGAUGGCAGAAACAAAGAGCGAGAGGCAUCAGAUGGAACUGAUAAGGUCUGAGAUUUUGAAACAAAAAGAGGAUGUUGAAAAAAAAAUUGAGCUAGCGAAAGCAGAGAUGGAAAAAUUGCAGCACAUCAAAGAUGAAAUACAAAAACAAAGAGAGGAGCUGGAGGAAAGGAUGCAUAAGACCAAACGAGAGCUUGCAGAAAUGGAUUUGAUGAAAAGAGAGAUGGAAGGGAAGAAGAAAGAACUUGACCAAAGGAUGAAACAGACCAUGAGAAAGAAGGAUGAGAUGGAACGAUUGAAGAUGGAGAUACAGAGGGCAAAAGAAGAGGUGGAACGCAAAAGGGUGGAGACUGAGAGGCAGAAGUACGAAAUUGAACAGGUUAAAGCUGAAAUCCAAAGGGCAAAGGAAGAGUUUGAACUGAGAAUGGAAGAGAGAGAUUUAGAAGAAGAGAAAGGCGAGAUGAACCUCACAAUAAUCAACCUGAUUCAGCAAAUUGAGACAACGAGAGAAAUGGUUCGGAAUACGAAAUUCCAGAUUGAAAACAGAAUAGCAGGAAGUCAGAUGGAGGCAUCGGACCAAGAGGAGAUGAACUCUGAGAUGCACAGGCUCAUUUUGGAGAUCGAACACAUCCGAGAAAUGCUACGUGGUCUCAAAAAGGAGAUGGAGCAAAAUAAGGACACAAUGAAGAGAGACAAAGAUGAGAUGAGGCUGUUGAAGAUCGAAGUUCAACGAAGGAUAAGAGAGGUUAAAUAUAAAGAAGAAAAGAUUAUGAUAGAACGAGACAAACUAGAACUCAUGAGAUCUAUGAUACAACGGCAAAGAGACGAGCUGGAGCAGAGGUUAGAAGAGGUUAUUAAAGAGAAAGACAGAGUUGAGCAGAUGAGAGAGGAUGUGAAUAAGGCUUUGGAGGACAUAGAGCAGGCAAAAGAAGAAAUAAAGAGAGCAAAAGAACUGAUCGCUCAAGAAAAGGCAGGCCAAGAAAAGGUUCAACAAACCAUCAGCGCAAUCAAGAGCCAAGAGGUUUCAAAAGCAGAAGACUUGAGUUCCACUAAAACAUUUUCAGCAGAUGACAACGAACCAAGCUUUUCUGAUAUUCAAAAAGAAAGAAUGGAAUUGGAACGAUGUAAAGAAACAAUUUUAAAAGAGAAACAUGAACUAGAUGUUUCUAGUUCAAAAAAGGACAUGCAAGCAGUGAAGGAUAAAGCUGAAGGGAGGAUGGCCAUACUACAAGAAGAAGAAAAAGAGAUGCAAAAGAAACGAGAGAGUCUAGAAAACUGGGAGAGGCAACUGAAAUCAGAGAGAGAACACAAUCAAAGAGGUUUAGAGACAAUAUGGAGAGAGACGGAACUGCUGGAUCUAAGAAAACAAGAAUUGAACAGUAUUGAAUUAAACCUACAGAGAGAGAAAUAUGAAUUGGAAAGGACAUUCAAAUCAAUAAGGAUGGAGAUAAGACAAGCUGAUGCCGAAGUCCAAACUGAUGACCUGGAUGGCAUUUAUGAAUCACAAAUAAAAUAUUCAGAUGUGACAGGACAACAAGAAUUGAAAUGCUCAAAAGACGCUCUUGAUAUAGAAAAGGAAGAUAUGGAAAAGGCAAAGCUAGAAAUACAGAAAGGAUGGGAUGACCUGCAAGCUCAGAUUAUAAAAAACAGUAAGAAAGAAGACAUGAUAAAAACAGAAUUUGAAAAAGAGAGAGAUAUUCUGAAUCAAAUUAGAUGGGAUAUGGAGCAACAAAAGCAAACCAUGGAGGCUGAUGUAAAAUUCACUUUUGCUAGAGAACUAGAAAACAUAGAAGCUCAGACAAAAAUGGUGGAGGAUGAGAAGAGUCGAUUGGAGAACAUAAAAUAUGAGCAACAAACAGAAUGUGAUGAAUUUGUAAGGUUAAAACAAGACAUACAAAAAGAAAGACAGAUUAUGGAGAAACUGGACAAACAGCUUAAACAAGAGAGGGAGGAACUUGGACAUUCUACCAAGGAGGUAAAUAGAAGGACAGAAGUAUUGGAGAAAAUGCACAUUGAAAUAGAUAAGCAGAGGCAAGAGGUACAACAUGAUAAAUACAUGCUAGAAAAGGAAAAGUGUGACAUCAAAAAUAUGCAGGCAGAAAUCGGAAGGGAAACAAAUGGUCUAGAAAACCUGAGAGAGAAGAAUGAACUUAUAUUAAAGAAGAUAAAAACAGAACAGGAUACUCUUGAGCAGAUGAAUGACGACAUUUCAAAACAAAAGGACUCUAUUGAGAACGAGAAAGAAAAAAUCAAAGAAAGAGAAAAUGAACUGCACCAAAUGCAGGUGGAAAUAAAUAAAAAACAAAAUGACACUGAAGAAUUGCAGAGAAUUAUCUUCAUAAAACAAAAUCAGCUUGACAAAAGCCAGACCGAAAUAGCCGAAAAGCAGAAAGAGGUGGAAAAUAUGAUGCAGUUAACACAAAAAGAAAAGGACAAUCUCGACAGAGUAAGGGCUGCAAUAAUGGAUCAAAAAGAGCAAAUGGAGAGCAAUAUGAGAGAUGCAUUAAAAAAGAAACUUGAAACCAUAGAUCAGGUGAGAACAGAGUUGCUAAAUGAGAAGCAACUUCUUGAGGACUGCAGAAUAACCUUAAAGAAUGAAAUAGAGGAUCUGGAACAAACAAAAAUCAAUUUAGAGAGAGAGACAGAUGAGAUAAAACUGCAGAGAAAAAGUGUAAAUGACGAGAAAGACAAGCUGGAGAAGAUUAAAGCUGUCCUGAAAAGAGUAGCUGAAGAUACUGAGAAGUUAAGACAAGAUACACUGGCUGAAAGACAGAAACUUGAAGAGACUGCAUUGCAACUGCAAAAAGAGAGGGUUGUUAGUGUGGGUCUUGCAGAGGAGACAAAGAAAAAGAGAGAUGACCUAGACAAGAUGCAAGCUGAAAUAGAGAAGCAAAAAAAGACAUUUGACACACUGAAGGAAAUGAAGGAUGACUUACAAAAAGAAGCACGUGACAUUGGAAAUCUAAGGAAAGCUGUUCAAAAUGACAUAAAUAAAAUGAAAGACAUGGCAGCACAUCUUGAAGGAGAAAGACAUAAAACUGAUAGUCUUGUUGAAGAGAUCAAAAUGAGGUCGAAAGCAAUGGAUGAGAUACAAGUGGAGGUUGAAAAAGAUAGGCGAGCGAUUGAGUUUGAAAGAGACCUACUAGAACAGGAAAAAUCUGAACUGAAGAAAACUAAGGCAGAUAUAUCCAGACUAAGAGAUCUUGAAGACCAGCUUGCUAAGCAAAAAGAAUGGAACAAUUCUACAUUAGCAGAGAUACAGAAAGAAAGAGACAAUCUUGAGCAGAUGAAUGAAAACAUCUCAAAACAAAGAGAUAGUCUUGAAAGUGAGAAAGAAAAGAUAAGACUCAGAGAAAAUGCACUAAAACAAAGAGAAUCAGAGGUUGAAAACCAACAAAAAGAGAUUGACAACUUGAAGAAAAGCUUGAGGCUCGAAACGAGUCAAGUUGAGCAGACACGUUCUGAAAGAGAUCAACAGCGGAAAGCUGCAUAUGAAACAAUGGAAUAUGUAAAGACUGAAGCAAUUCAACAAAUAGAUCAAAGGACAAAAGAGGCAAAUUACGCUGAAGAAAAGUUGAAGAAGGAGAGGGAUGAUAUUGAGAAAGAAAAGGCAGAAUUGAUUAAUCAAAGACAGAAAAUGGAGAUCGAUUUGAGGGAUGAACUGAAAAAGGAUAGCGAAAAUUUAGAGCUACUAAGAAAGGAGCUGUAUGAUGAGAAGGAAGUAAUUGAUAACAGCAGAAAGAAGAUGAAAACUGAUAUGGAUGAUUUGGAAAAAAUUAAGCUUGAUGUAGUUAAAGAAAUGGAGGACAUUAAACUUCAAAAACAAAAGAUUGAGGAUGAGAAGGACAUGUUUGAGCAGGUGAAAGUCAAGAUACAGAAAGAAGCUGAAGAUAUUGAGAAGAUAAAACUAGAGACAGAGAAUGAAAGAAAGAAGCUUGAGGAAAUAGCAACCCAACUUAAGAAAGAUAGAGCUAAUGCUGGCAUUCUUGCUGAAGAAAUUGAAAAGAGAAGAGUGGCUCUUCAAAACAUGUAUCAGGAAACAGAAAUGCAAAGGAAAGCAACUGAGUCUAAUGAACACAUGCAAGAGAGGGCACUGCUUGAGCUUAAGAGAACUAUGACAGAAAUAACAAGAGAUAAGGAGGGUCUUGAAAACCAGCUUGCUGAAGAAAGAGAAAAGAAUAAGGUGAUUCUGGCUGAAAUGCAGAAAGAGAGAGAAACCCUUUACCUUCUAAGAAACAGUAUAUCAGAGCAGCAGGAUGAUAUAGCAAAAGAGAAGGACAAAUUGAGUCUCAGUAAACUUGAACGGCUCCAAGCAUUGAUGUAUAAGCAGCAAGAGGAAUUGGAAGCCACAAGGAAAGAUUUAACAAUGGAGAAGAAUAGACUUGCAGAGAGGCAAACUGAAAUAGACAAUAAACUGAGAAAAGCAAAUGAAAUCAUGGAAUUUGCAAAGGGUGAAAUGGCUAAGCUUGAGAAAGAAAAAUCUGAACUGACAUCACAAAAAUGUCAAAUAAACAUUGAAUCAGAUAAACUUGAGUUCCUUAAGAAGGAAUUAAAUGAAGAAAAAAAAAAUAUUGAGAAAAGGACACAAAUGUUGGAAACGGAUGAGGGUGAUGUGGAAGAAAAAAGAGCAGAUUUAAAAAAACAGAUGACAGAUCUCAAUUAUCAUGAACACGCUAUUAAAAAUGAGAGGGACAAGUUAGAACAGAAGAAAAUUGAACUGCAAAAAGAAGAUGAUUAUCUCAGAAGGCUAAGAGAAGAAACACAGAAUGAGAGAAAACAUUUUGAAAAUAUGGCAACACAACUUCAGAAAGACAGAGAUGAAAUUGCCAUUCUAGCCGAAGAGAUAAAGAACAAAAAUGAAAUUCUGGAUGAAAUGAAAGUUGCAAAUGAAUCUGCAUCAGCGAAUCUACAAAGAGAGAAAGAGAAUCUUGAGCAAAUGAGAGUGCAAAUUUCUAAACAAUCAGAGGAUAUUGAAAAUGAAAAAGACAAAAUAAGAGCCAGUAAAGAUGAACUAAAACGGCUGCAAGCAGACAUUUAUAAACAAACAAGUGAAAUGGAAAACCUCAAACAAAUCAUCACUUCAGAGGAGAACCAGCUUGAACUGAGAAAGGCUGAAAUAGAAAAACAACAAAAAGAAGUUAAUGACAUUUUGGAAUUCACAAAGAAUGAAAAGAGCCUUCUUGAAAAUGAAAGAGCUGCAAUGAUCAGUGAAAAAGAGGACAUGAUGGAUGAACUGAAAAAGAAGUCUGAAUAUGUGGAUCUCCUCUUGAAAGAGGUACUGACUGAAAAGGAAUUACUGAAGAGAAAUGUGGAAGAUGUAGAAAGAAAAAGAGCCAAUGUAGACAAAGAUUCAGAGAGUCUUAAACUUGAGAGAGACACUUUUGAGAAUGAGAAGGAAACGAUUGAAAAAAUGAAAACUAACCUCCAAAAAGAAGCACAUGAGAUUAAAAAGCUAAAACUAGAGGCACAACAUGAAAAACAGAGAGUGGAGGAAAUGGCAGCUCAACUCCAAAAGGAGAAAGAUGAUGUCAUUGAUCUCAUCGAGGAGACAAAAAGAAAACACACGAUCUUGGAUGAAAUGAAUGCUGAUAUUGAAGAGAAAAGGAAAGUCUUUCAAUCUGAUAAAGACAUGCUUGAGAAGCAAAAAACUUGA